GACGAAACUUCCAAUUUCAUUCUUUUCCGGUGCAGAGGUGUCAAAAUUUGUGAAAUUUUCGCUAGUUCUAUCAGAAAACUCAAUUUUACCCUGCAAAAAGCUCUGAAACGUGCCCAGAAAUGGCCAAAAAGAAAGGCGAAAACUACGACAGUGAUGGGGGUGACGAUCAGGACUACGACGAGGAGCCCAAUUUCGAUGAUCCGGAGGGUUUUGUGGACGACGUCUCUGACGAAGAAUUGCUUGGUGAUUUUCUGAAGCAAAAACCUUGCGAAUCGGACGGCGUAGAAAAUGUUAUUGUCGUGGAUAAUAUUCCGGUUGUUGGACCGGCCCGAUUCCAUAAGCUGCAAGGAGUAUUGGAGAAACUGUUCAAGACGGCCGGAACGAUUGUCAACAUUCACUACCCCAAGGAUGAUGAGGAGAACACCCGAGGUUACGCCUUCAUUGAGUUUAAGAAUCCGGAGAUGGCCGAAGAAGCCGUGAAGGCAUUCAACAACUAUCGUCUGGACAAGUCGCAUACGUUGCUGGUAAAUUUGUUUUCCGAUUUCCAAAAAUACUCGGACAUUCCCAAAGAAUGGAGCCCUCCGGAACCGCAGCCCUACAAGAUGCAAAACGAUCUUUAUAACUUCAUGACUGAACCGGACGCACAGGAUCAGUUCUGUGUGAUAGCCGAAUCUUCGCCGGGAGCGGUGCAGGUCCAGUUUUGGCAAAACACCCAACCCGAACCCGUGGAACUGCUGACUCGUGAUCGUUUCACGGAAACAUACGUCAAGUGGUCUCCCCUGGGAACGUACAUCGUGACGUUCCACAAGCAAGGUGUCGUUAUUUGGGGUGGUUCCAAUUUCACCAAAAUCAACAAAUUCCCGCACUCUGGAACUCAAUAUGUGGACUUUUCUCCCUGUGAACAGUAUUUGGUGACCUACGGUCCAAACGGCCAGAAGAUCAUCAUCUGGGACAUUCGGACCGGAACGGAAAAACGUUCCUUCAUCUCGGACGGCACUUCCAACAUGUCGAUGUUCCGUUGGUCCCACGACGAUAAAUACGUGGCCCGGAUGGGUGACAAUGCAAUUCAUGUGUAUGAAACGUCGACUUUCUAUCUUUUGGAUAAGAAAUCUAUUAAGGUCCAAGGCAUUCGCAACUUCAGUUGGUCUCCAACGGAUAACAUUAUUGCCUACUGGAUGUCCGAAGAUCUGGAGGCUCCCGCUCGUGUGACUCUGUUGGAAAUACCUAGGAAAAACGAAAUCCGUAAUAAGAAUUUAUUCAACGUAGCUGAUUGUAAGAUUCAUUGGCAAAAAUCAGGAGAUUACCUCUGUGUGAAGGUCGAUCGUUACUCUAAGUCUAAGAAAGAUAAGAAGGACGCCGAUGUUAAGUUCCUUGGUAUGUUCUACAACUUUGAAAUCUUCCACAUGCGAGAGAAGGACAUUCCCGUGGACUCGGUAGAGGUAAAGGAGACUAUCCUGGCGUUUGCUUGGGAACCAGUUGGAUCUAAGUUUGCCAUUAUCCAUGGCGAUCCAGCGUCCGCAAAUGUCAGCUUCUAUGAGGCCAAAAAGGGACAAGAACCUACAAUGUUGAAGAAAUUGGAGAAAAAGAUUUGCAGUCAUCUGUUCUGGUCCCCGCGGGGGCAGUUUAUUGUGUUGGCAAACCUCCAGGCUGGAUCGUUUGAGUUUGUGGAUACCAACGACUUUACCAUCAUGAAGAGCGGCGAUCACUUCCGUGCUUCGGAGGUGGAAUGGGACCCUACCGGCCGAUAUGUGGUGACUGGAACCUCUGGAAAGGUCAAGGAGGAUCACGGUUAUCACAUUUGGUCCUUCCAAGGCAAGAUACUGAAGCGCGUCAAUCUGAAGAACUUCAUUCUUUUCCUCUGGCGUCCUCGUCCGCCCACUCUAUUGUCAGACGAAAAGCAGAAAGAAAUACGCAAAAACCUCAAAAAGUACUACGCACAAUUCGAGAGCAAGGAUCGCAUCCGCAUGACCCGUGCCUCGAAGGAAUUGUUGGAAAAACGUGCCAAACUGCGAGAGCAGUUUGUGGAAUAUCGCACCAAGCGUGUGAGCGAAUGGGAGGAGCAGAAGUACCGGCGUAUGCAGCUGAGAAACAACAUAGAUACCGACACAUUGGACGCUGAUCCAGAUAAUGUUGAAGAAGAAAUAGUAGAAAUUCUAGUACGUGAAGACACCACCCUGCUCGAGUAAUCCGUAUAAGGCAUUUCCUGUUCGACUUCUAUUGAGAAUUUAUCUCUACCCAGCGGUAAAAAAAUCAGAUAGAUCAUCAGCCCUCCAUGAUAAGCUUAAAAUCGUGGCCCUGCAAGACAGAUAUAUGAGUGAUUAUUCUCUGUCUUGUAAGAAGAAAAACAUCUUAUUUCAUAUUGUAGAAUGCGACUCUUAAUUUACAGUAUGAAACAUAAAUGGUUCUUAGCUUAUUCUAAA